GUGCAGUAUCAUUUGAGUUGUGAGUGCCGCCAAGAUCGCAGCGGGGCGUUCGAGAAACCAGGAUACAAGUUAACCAAAGGAUAUAAAACAUGAAUAGAGCUAGCGGUGUCCUGUCGCUGCUGUUUGUGGCCAGCGCCCUGGGCGGCGUGAUCGAGGACUUUGAAUACCUAUCGGUGGCCGAGAUGUGCGACCUGCUGCCGCAGGAGACAAGCUUCCUGCGACCGAAUACCUGCGACAACUGGGUGCGGUGCGCCAGCAACUACAGCGUGCUGGAGCAGGGCGGCUGUGCCGCAGGACUCAACUACAACAAGGAGCUAGGCCGCUGCAUCCUGGCAUCCUCCAGCGCCGCGGUGUGUCCCUAUGCCGACAGCAUUGCGGACAAGGCCACGAACCUGUGCGCCAACGAAACGGAAGGCGCCUUCAUCGUGGAUCCCAGCAGCAGCGAUUGUCGCGGCUACAUCUUGUGCAAGUCGCACAAGCAGAUCAAGGCCAACUGUCCCAACGAGCUGAUCUUCCAUCCCGUAUCGAGGUCUUGCGUGUACGAAAAGCAGUACCGUUGCCCCAUCAGCCAGACGAAGAAGACCAGUCCCGCCUGCCGAUCCCUGCCGAACAACACCCGUCUGGCCGAUCCCGUCCACUGUGACCAGUACUACGAGUGCGUCAGCGAGGUCUUGCACAGCCGAGCCUGUCCAGUGGCCAGUGCCUACGAUGCUAAUCUCGGCUACUGCGUGGAUGUGGCUGAGGUGUCCUGCUACGAGAGUGCCGCCCUGCCGGAACCGGAAAACACCUUCUGCCUGGACAGUGCCACCGGAUCCGCUCGCGUUGGCUACUUUGCCGACGACGAGUCCUGCUCCCACUACUAUAUCUGUGGCAGCCCCGUCGCCGGCAAGCACGACACGGAGCCCAAGCACCUGAGCUGUCCACUUGGCCAGUACUUCGACUUCGAGAAGCUCUCGUGCCGCGACAGACUUAACGUACGCUGCCAGCUGGACAGGUGUGUGGGCACCAACAUCACCUACGUAAACGUCGCCGGCGAUUGCCAGAGCUAUGGACGUUGCUCCGGCGGAGUGACCGUCAGCCUGGGCCAGUGCCCAACGGGCUACUACUUCGACGAGCGCAACCAGGGAUGCACACAGACCAACUACCACAACAUCGCAUGUUCCGUGUAGGCUGUCCCAGAAGAUCGCAUCCUUACCACAAUCCUUACCAAAUCGCAUCCAAUUUAAAUAUCCAAUAAAUCGAUCCAAUUCAUGGUGGAGGUCAAAUGCAUUGCUUGAAAGGAAUUCAUGUACUUUGUGGUGGGAAGUGUUAAGUUUUAUGACAUUCAUCCAUUUACUUUUUACCAUGGAAAUGGGUCUACAAAUAUUAGCUUCUCGAAAAAUGUCCAAUAAAUGUGUUACUCCAUUGAAACCUGAAAUGUAUAUAUAUAUAGUUUAUCCAUUGCAUUUGGCUCUAUUGUAGUUUUAUUCCCUUUCCAUUCGAAUUUUACCGUCUGCUUCCUCUUUAUAGAAGAUGUUACCCUAACCUUGAACAAUAAAAUAUGAAUUGGUAUAAAUAAUG